UGUCAACGUAUGUCAACGUCAAAAGCACAUUGGUGUUUGUUAAUUGUAAUUUUUAGGGUUAUUGCUUUUAAAAAUUGAAUGAUGAAGUUCAAACAGAAAAAGAAUACAAAACAAACACUGUCUGAUAGAAUAGCAGAUGCACUAACUAUUAAACCACGAGCUGAUAUAGAAGAUGAUGAAAUAUUUAAUACAAAACCAAGUACAGUUACACGAGCGGAUUAUAGUAGUUCCUCCGACGAAGAUGAAACUGUAAUAAGUGACUUCCGCAAGCGGAACGUGAACCUGCUUAGUGAUAUUAGCAAAAAGUAUGAAGGCAAGGUUGUAUCUAAAAAAGAAUUGGAAGAAAACAGUUCUAAUGAUCAAGUUUCCGAUGACGAAAGCGAUAACAAUGAAAACGAGAAAGAAACAAAACCUGGUAAGGGAUUAUCAUCUGAAGAAGAUACUGGAGAUGAAAGUGAUGAUUAUAGCAUAACAAAGUUCCAAAAACAACUUCAAAGUGAUUCAGAUGAUGAGAAAUCGUCAGAUAAUGAUGAUGGUGAUCAGGAAAGUGACGAAUCUGAUAAUGAGGGUGAAGGGUAUGAUAUCAGUCAAAUGGAGGAACCAAUUAAAGAACAAUUUGAACAUGUCAAAAAGCAGGAUGUAUCUGAAGAGGCUAAAAAGGGUAUCUGUGUCAGGAAUCAACUGUUAAUAUGGGAAGGGCUUCUGGAAAUGAGGAUUCAUUUACAGAGGUGUAUGAGCACAGCAAACAAAAUGCCCAUGAGUAAUAUAUAUAAAGAGUUAAAGGUAAACAAUGAUUUUGCAGAAGAGAGUAGUAAAACCAUAAAUAAUGUUUCUACAAUUUUAGAUAAAUUUUUAACACUCCAAAGUAUGCUUUUAAAAAACUUUCCUGAUACAAAAUCAUUAUCAAAAGGCAAGCAAAGUCAGGAAUCUAAAGCGGAGGAGAAAAAGAAAGAAAGCGAUGAAGAGAUACCAAGUGACACAGAUAACGAAGAAAUUCCAUCUGAUACAGAUAAUGAAGAACCUACUGAAGAAAAUAAAGAACAAACUAAAAUUAAAAGAUUGCCUAAAAAACGUAAACUAGACGAUUAUGAAGGUGAUAUAGCAACAUGUUACAAGUCAUUCAAAUCAUUCAGGGAUUCUACUAUCCAGAAGUGGAAUGACAAAACUCGUGUAGCAACAGCUGCAAAUAUAAAAAAUGCACCAACAAACACUAUACUUCAACAAAUAUCAUACAUUCUUUCUGAUAGGGAAAAGCUUAUAAAACGAACUCAGUUGAAACGGUCCGAAUAUGAUAUAAUUGGUUACAAAAAAGAGAUCAGCGAAGAAGAAAAUGGUCCAGAAAGCAAUCCGAUUACGAGAAGUAGAAAGGAUGAUGAUGAAUAUAUACCUGAAAUAUUUGAUGACAGCGAUUUCUAUCACCAGCUAUUAAGAGAAUUGAUUGAAUGUAAAUCGGCAGACAUAACAGAUCCUGUUCAGUUGAGUAGGCAGUGGAUAACCUUGCAGCAAAUGAGGAGCAAAAUGAAACGGAAGGUUGAUACGAAAGCUACAAAAGGACGGAAGAUAAAGUAUGUAGUCCAUAAUCCAUUAGUGAGUUACAUGGCACCGGAGAAAUUAACUAAAUGGAAUGAAGAGAGUGCAAAUGAAUUGUAUAGCUCGUUAUUUGGCAAAAUAUUUGAGCAUAAUAAUGUUGGUUUAAAUGUCACUUUGGAUGAUAAGAAAUAAACUAUAAUCCUCU